GUUUGGGGAUUAGAAAAUUUGGGGAUGUCCAGGUGGCCUUUAGAAUGAAGCAGGUGUGGGGAAUCCUUCAGGGAAAAUCUCUUUGGGCGAAGGUUUUCUCAAAGAAGUUUUUAAAGGGACAACAUAUGUUGAGAAGUGCAAGUACGGGUAAAGCUAAAUCUUUUAGAAUGCUACAGCCUUUUUUUCUUUCUGUGAUUAAUAAUACACAGCAUUGUGGGGAAUGGUGAGGCUGUGGAUUUCUGGUGUUUGAACUGGUUGGGUACUGGUCCUUUAUUGAGUAGAAUUGAGGGAGUUCCAGAGAGUUUUCCUUUGCUCUCAGAAGUGCUGGAAGGGGCAGUCUGGCAGUGGCAUAAGCUAGGGGAUCUGAUUUCAGAAAGUAUGAAGCAGGAGAUUCUGGAAUCUGGUGUUUUUCUUUCUGAUAAAAUGGAUAGGCUAAUAUGGAAAUUGACUGAUUCUGGUGAAUUUACAGUAAAAUCUGCUUGGCAGAGGGUGAGGAAUUCUGUGGAAAUAGACAGAGUUGCUUCAGUUAUUUGGAAGCAGUCUGCUAGUCCUAGUGCAAGGCAUUUGAGUUGGAAGAUAUAUAAGAAUGCUGUGUUGGUUGAUUCGAAUUUUCAAAGGAUUGGGGUUAUGUUGGCAAGUAAAUGUGUGUUAUGUGGCCAUGCAGUGGAAUCGGUAGAGCAUGUGUUUAUUCAAUGUGAAUACUCUGUUUUUAUUUGGAGGAAAAUAUCUGCCUUUAUGUGGAUUUCAGUUAGUUGAUUCUGAAUCCCCUAUGGUUAGACUGAUGAGGUUAGUGAGGAUUUAUAGAAAACAGUCUUUAAGUCAAAGCUUGAUUGAAAGUAUCACUUUCUUUGUUUUCUGGCAUUUAUGGAGGGAGAGAUGUACAAGA